UUUAACCAUCGCAGCGCUUGGGUCGCGAUCAGAGAGGCCCAGAGUUUCAAGUUCCCAGCUCCAGGAUCGUCUCCGUGUGUUUCAUUUUUUUUUCUGCCACCGGGGAUCAGCACCAAGCCCAAAAUGAAGUUGUUUUUAUGUGCCAUUGCCGUGACGCUAUGUGUGGCAACAACCGUGUCCGGUGCCAACAGCAACAACUAUGAGUGCCCCAAACCCAACGGCCAGUUCGCCGACGAGGUGCAGUGCGACAAGUUCUGGGUGUGCGACGAGGGCGUGGCCAAGGCGAAGCUCUGUCCCGACGGCCUGGUCUUCGAUCCCCUCAACCGCAAGAUCAACAAGUGCGACCAGCCCUUCAAUGUCGACUGCGAGGACCGCACGGAGUUGCAGGAACCCAAAUCCAGCAAGUACUGCCCCCGCAAGAACGGUUUCUUCGCCCAUCCCGAUCCCGCCGUAUGCAACAUCUUCUACAACUGUAUCGAGGGCGAUGCCCUGGAAACCAAGUGCACCGUGGGCCUGCAUUUCGAUGAGUACUCGGGCACCUGUGUGUGGCCCGACACCGCCAAGCGUGAGGGUUGCAAUCCAGAGCAGAGAACCUCAGAGACCGGCUUUGUGUGCCCCAAGGAUCAGCCAAAGACCGACGAUCGCGGCCAGGUGGUGACCCAUCCCAAGUACCCGCAUCCCACCGAUUGCCAGAAGUUCUAUGUGUGCCUGAACGGUGAGGAUCCGCGCGAUCUGGGCUGCCAACUGGGCGAGGUCUACAACGAUGCCACCGAAAUGUGUGAUGCCCCAGAGAAUGUGCCCGGCUGUGAGGAUUGGUACAAGGAUGUGGAUGACAAGAAGGACUAAGGAGUAGCAUCUCUGGCCCCCACUCCUCAUCGCAUUCACACUCACACUCAUGCACACAAGCACGCAUACACUGAAAACAACACAGAUUCGCGUCUUAGUCACUUAAAGUUAGUAGUUCUAGCCCAUUUCCUAUAGAACGUACGUGUAGCAGUUAAACUUGAAUACUCUGUUUACCCUCUGACUCUCUGACUGUGUCUGUCUUUCUUACUUUCUAAAGAGAACUGUCUUUUUUAUAUCUUUCUAUCUAUCUAUCUUUCUAUCUAUCUAUCUAUCUAUCUAUCUAUCUAUCUAUCUGUCGCUCUACUAUUAUGUUUCCUUAAUCUUUCAGCUAUCUAUAUCCUUGUCUCUACCUGUCACUUUCUGUGUGCCCAACCGAAUUUUCUUUCAAAUCGCUGUGUAUAUAUUUUCCAUUUUCUGACUUUCAUCUAAUUAUUAUACAAAAGAAUAAACUGAUUUUUUUAUAAACUAUA